AUGAAACAUAAUAAUGAUUAUGAUAAAGCAUUAUCUUGGUUAUUAAAAGAUUCAAGAAUUAGUGGUUUGGAAAAAGCAGAAAAACUUAAAUCAAGAAUAGCUAAAGAAGGAUUGAUUGGUGUGGUGGUUACAAAGCUUGAUGAAAUGAUUGGGAAAAAUGGUGAAAGAUUAUUAAUUGGAAAUAAGGGAGCUAUUGUUGAGAAACAUUAA